AUGAUUCUUGAUCAUCAUCAAUUCACAUAUCGUCUUUUUCAUUCGAUUCAAACAAACGCCAAUAUUUAUGAUAUUAAAAAUCUUCUUAGAAAAAUCUCUCAAAUCAAUCUCAAUUCAAUGAAAUAUGAUGGACAAACAUUAAUACAUUGUUGUUGUCUUUAUAAUCGAUUAGAUUUAUUAAAACUAUUUAUUGAAUAUGGUGAUUGUGAUAUCUUGCAGAAUAAUGAUGAUGGUUGGUUACCAAUCCAUGUAGCUAUUUAUCUUGGAUAUAUGGAUAUUGUUUAUUAUUUACUUCAAUAUUCAUUGGAAAGUAUUAUGUAA